AUGGACAAGCUGUUGACAGCCGUUGCUUUCGCACUGCCUCUGGCAUCUGCCCAUCUUGCCGCCUAUACCGAUGGCAUGUUCUGUCCCGAGGCAAGCCUUAACUCCUACAAGGGACCCUUAACAAACUUCACCGAUGGUAGCCUCGUCGUUUUCGAUCCUCUCCACGACCUUGAAUUUGAUAGCUGGUUUCUAUCCAAGGGCCGCAACUGCCAUCUCGCUGAACCUACUGGCGUUUGGGAGAUCCAGGCCAACUCCCAGAUCUCUGUUCCCUGGGCCAACUGGCAGGACUCAACCGGCUUCUACGCCGAUGGCAAGGAGGAGACUGAGCGCCCUAUCCCGUACUCCGUCACCAACCCCGAGGUUGUGGCCCAGGGGUUGGUGAGUUCCUCGCUCGGGCUCAACUCGCCCAACUUGCACGCCGCGAACAAGUCCACCGCUGCUGGAACCUCGAUUGCUAUCGCCUACGUCGACAGCAUCUGGGAUGUCACCAUGGAGAACCUGGUUGUUAUGUCCAUUGCCGGAGAGACUCCCUUUGAGCGUAUUGCCAACUAUGAAAUCCCCGACCUGGCGGCUUGCGAAUCGUGCAUCUGCGUCACAGGAUGGGUGCCCGACGGAUUCGGCAUGCAGAACAUGUACAUGGCCGCCCACAAGUGCCGCAUUGUCAAUGCCAAUGGUGGCAAGACUCCCAAGAUUCCUAGCCUUGUCCCCGGCCCUGGCGUUGUCGGCCCCAAGCAGAUGAUUGGGGCUUUCCAGAGGUCCGGAAACAAUGUCGAGUGGACCCAAGGAGAGCAGGUUCCCACCUACUCGUCCCGCAUGGGCUAUAUGAAGGGUACGUUCUGA